CACCUUAAAUUGGAUGCGAUCCGCCAACACAAUCCCGAAGAAGAACAAGAAGAACAAGAAGAAGAACAAGAACAGAGAUUCUCCUCUGGUGGCCGCUGCAGUGCAGAAGUAGCUAGAUAUAAUCGAACGGAUCUUACAAGCUAGAGGAGCAGACAGCAGAAUCUAUUCAACAUCACCCGAUGUACAAACUGAAACGCGGCCGCCUUUGCAAUAAAACAAUAAAGGCGUGUUAUAUGGCUCUUUCAUCAAGGGAUUGUUGCAUUUGGAUUAAAGGAGACGCAAGGGAUGUAGCUGGAGCUGAUGCCUGGCUAUCCUGAUUGCUAUCUACUAGCUAGUUAACUGAUGUUGCAUCGAUGGAAUUAUUCGAGUGCCAUUGAUUGAGAACAACCCAGCAACGCUAAAGAAGACGUUACAGUACAUGGAUAGCGGCUAGCUAGCCGUGACGGGAGUGUGAACGGCACACAGACAUGAUGAUGUAUUACUCAACGUUGAAGGAUCUAACAUGUUAACUAAAUACGUGUGACUUGGUAUUCAUCCAUUUUAAGCCAGCUAUCUUUAACGUUAGCUGGCUGGUUUUAUCGUCCGGCAUUUGGACAGGGUGAUAGUAAGAUUGGGAGUGUGUAUCGGUAUGGCACAGCUUCUAGAAGGCGCCCGCAAACUGGGCUGGGUACUCUUGAACGCUUUCCUUCGUUUCAUCUUUGUGUUCAUCAAUAACUGUGUAGCAAUCCCUUCGUAUUGCCUCUACUGCAUUCUUCUUCAACCUCUGAGAAUAAUGGACAGUCGCUCUUUCUGGCUCAUUGAAGGAAUAAUGUUCAAAUGGAUGUUGGCAAUGGUGUCACUGUGGGGCUGGGUUGCAGGCUAUACAGUGAUGGAAUGGGGCGACGACGUAAGGCCCCUUUCUGAAGAGGAAGCCAUGGUCAUCGUCAACCACCAAGCCACAGGGGACGUGUGCACCCUCAUGAUGUGCCUGCAGGACAAGGGCACGGUGGUGAGGAAGAUGAUGUGGUUGAUGGACCAUGUGUUCAAGUACACCAACUUUGGCCUGGUGUCUCUAAUCCACGGCGACUUCUUCAUCAGACAGGGUAAAGCGUACCGGGACAAGCAGCUGAUCUACCUGAAGGACCACCUGGACCGGUACUACCACAGUCGUGAAAGGAAGUGGAUCGUGCUCUUCCCGGAAGGCGGCUUCCUGCGCAAGCGGCGGGAAACCAGCCAGGCGUUCGCCAAGAAGAACUCACUGCCGCCCCUGACGCAUGUGACGCUGCCACGGCUAGGCGCCACCCAGGUGAUCCUGAAGACCCUAGGGCCACAGCAGGAGAACGGCAGCCUGGCGAAGGAGGCCAGCACAGUGCACCCCAGCCAGUCAGGUAGUAAACCCAAAGGCCUACAGUGGGUGGUGGACGUGACCAUAGCGUACCCCAAAGCCAGGCCCAUGGACAUCCAGACGUGGAUCUUUGGCUACAGACCCCCCACGGUCACACAUGUACACUACAGGGUAUACCCCAUAAAGGAGGUUCCGGUGGAGACCAAGCCCCUGACAGAUUGGCUGUACCAGAGGUUUGUGGAGAAGGAGGAUCUACUGGCUCACUUCUACGAAACAGGAGCCUUCCCUCCACCGAAAGGCCAGAAGGAGGCCGUAUCCCGGGCGAUGACCCUCGACCCCGUGCAGCUCUGCGUCAUCCAAUCCCUGGCCUUCGCCUCGGGCUACCUGUGGUACACCGUCCUCCAGUACUUCUACUGCUGUUUGUUCUGAGUGCGCUGAAGUGGAUGGAGUUUAAAAGUGGACCAGACCCUAUUGGCACUGCUUCUGGAUCAGUGGAUGGCUCGCCCUCCCCGGCACCAUCCCUCCUCCUAUGAUGGAUGAAUGUACAUUUUGCAAAAAGCGUGAGGGACUGAUAAAAAAUGACUAUGUUGGAGGCUAUUUUCCCCCUUGGAUACAUGAAUACCUACACACACAGACAAGGACGGACAUACACGAUUGACUGAAGCCCAUACUUCUGAACAUUAAUCAUUUACACACACUUACUUCUUGGAUAUAAACGCCCCAAUCUAGUUGGUCUCUCAUUUCUCACACACACUCCCGCACACAUUUUUUAUGUUUACACACGUCCUCACACACUUCAAUUAUUAAAGUCACAUGGCCAGUUUUACUCUCAAAUCAAGAAUGAGGCUCAGGACUAAAACUGAGGGUGUUUUCAAGUGGACUCUCUUCCUGGUCUUUAGGUGUAGUUUUACAGUGUGCGAGUGUGUGGUAGUGUGCGUCGUGUCUGCCCUCGUACCCACCCCCACCCUUGGGUGAACCAACCCCCUCCCCUACCCCCCGUUGGACCUCUCUCCAGGCCUGCUGAUUCUGCGGUUGGCCCACCCUACAGAGAGA